CGGCGGUAAGGGUUUUCGCAGUUCACCGGCUAUUUCAUGUACGGUGCCGCAUUUUGGUGGGCAUUCAGCAAGUGAAGGCAGCGCGCGCGCCUGUCCCGCCACACGCUCCUUGCACCACGCCGGUGACAGACGACACGACGAUCGCUUACAUAUAUCGUGAUUCUAUGUGCUAAGCUCUAAGUGCCGAAACUCGCGUGUGAAUAUCCCUUAGUGAAUUUUCUGACGAUUUCCACUUUGGCAAAUCGGGAUAGGAACCGUUCGUCUGAACAUGGACUUGCCCGCAGGAUCUACAUCAAUGCGUUGUUCAUGGAUGUCUUUUUAACCGGUGUGUGAUGUUUUUGUUUAUUUUGUUUGACAAAUUCUGAUCUAAUGUGUUUGAAGUAUGGUUUUUCCAAAAAGCUGUUGGUAGCUAUAAGUGUAUCAGUGAUCAUAGCCAUGUGCCUGACACCCGCCGAAGCUGCCUCGUUGACACAUAGACAGUUGAAGCAGUUAAGCAUGACAGAAACCAAAGAGAUGGCAGAACUACCCUCCGAGAUGCAACUUGCCCACAGGCGACGCCAUCAGAGGCACACGAAAAUGACCAAAGUUGAGGAGCAUAUGCUGAAGAUUAGGAGAAAUCUGAAACUAACGAAAAAUGACUUCAGAGAGCACAAAGAUAAAGUUAGCUAUUCAGAAACGUACAGAGACCAUAAAAUCAAAGUGCCAGCGACGAACUUUUUGGAAAUCCAUCGGUUGCUUCAGAGUUUCAAGAAUAAAACUAUGACGACGGCGAUGCGAGAACGCAAAUUCGUGUACAUCGCUGUGAAGCUCUACAAGUCCCUCUUCAAAUACAGUGAAAUAUUCCAAGCUAUUCAAAAUGUUAACGUCGUGGCACAAGACGUGGAAUUCAGCAAAUAUCAGGACAGACGAAAAUCGUUCCUGAGCGAAAUCAUACGGAACCUGAACAACAUCUUGCCGGUCAUCGGAGACGGAAUUAGGGACUUCAAAAAAAAUAUUGACUUGUCAAAUCCUCUCGGAGAAAAAGAGGACACGAUUUUACAAAGCUUCAAAUCAGAGAUAGCGGCUAUCAACAGCGCUGAAACAUGCCUUAAGUAUGAUGGCUUAAUAUUUAGAGGAUACGGCAUUUUAUUGAAGAAAUGGUACUGCAUUGUUUCGUCGAAACAAGACAGGACGCAUAAGGAGAACAUGAGAUGUAGGACGGUUGAAUCCAAAGUGAAGAGCCCCAAGAAACAUAGAAAACAAAAGAAGAAGCGCAGAGUUAAUAAUAUUUAAUCUAUUUUUGUUAUUCUGGUGAUGAUACACACAGAAUGAAAGGUUUGACGCGGAUGUCGGUACGGAAAUCCUGAAUCGAAUCGAGUGAGAUGUUUGGGCUGCCAUGAAUUUGCGAAAUUCUUGAAACAAUCGUUUGCAAAUUCUUGAACCUAUUUAUUGUAUAGGAGCUUAGUACACUGUAAAAUAAUUCUAAAUGACGAUACAAUAUUGUUGAUUAAGUACUGGGUACAUUUUCUGUGAUAUUUAAAUAGUAAUUUUAGUGACUAAUUUAAUUUAUUCAUUAGAAUUGUAAGACGUUGUUUAAGUUCCUCUAUAUUUCCUGCGAUGUCUCUACUUCGUUGCUUUAUCUCAGUAUUUCGUUGUUUUAUUUAUUUUAUUUUAUUUGUUUUGUCUUCAUUUUUAUUUAAUUAAUGAAUGAGUGAGUGAAAAUGUAAGUAUUAUUAUGUGUGAUGAGAUUUUUCUUCGACAAAUUUAGACAUGACUAUGCUAUUUAAGAUAAUGAUAUAAAGUAUUAUUAGAAGGCAAAUGAUAUUGCCGUUUCAGCCAAGAAAGACUUUAUAGCAGAUAAUUAUGUUGCGUAUUAAUUUGUGUGUUAGUUAGAAUAAGUAUUUUCCCUGAAAUGCUAAAAUUCACUAAGAUCUGUAUAGCAUUCCGCUUAUAAUCAUUUUUUAAAAAUCUCCUAUGUCUAUUGUACCUAAUUUGAUGUCUAUUUGGAUCUUGAAAUCAUUAAUCAUACUUAUUAUCAGUAUUAUUCUAAAAUAAUUAAAAACACUGAGAUUCCGUAAUAUGCAUAUUAUUUUUGUGACUUUUUACAUUUGCCAUGUAUUUAUGUAUAUAGAUUUAUGUGUAGUGUUAAUAAAUUGAACAGUAUAUAAAGUAGGGAAAAUUCCACUAUACAAAAUUGUAGUAGAUCUAAUGAAAUACUUAUAAUGUGUCCUCUCUUUAGCUUUUCAAAACCAAUUCGCUUCAAAUGUACCUACAAAUUUCAAAACUGAACUAUGGGUGCGUUGCACCGGUCCACUCUGACAUUAUUUUUAACUUGCAAAAUAGUACAAAGUACGCCAUUUUAUCUAAAAGUCGGCGGCGCGCAGGUUAAAAGUUAAUGUCAAAGUAGACUGGUGCAACCCACUCUAAGUGGUUCCUCUAGCAUAGAAUAUCCACAGCAUCAAAACGCGAGUGUUGAUUGUUUACCUUAUAUAAUGUUAAUAAAAUCGGAUCGGGGCGGGAGUCUGUCUGGCGAUUAUUCUAGGUGAAUUUCAAGUAGUUUGGUACUUUGUACAGCGUCGUUUUCAACAAAAGUGUUACAUUAUUUACCUACCAGUACAUACAUAGUACAUGUUUUACAUUGCCAAUUUUUGUAAUUAUAAAAAUAUGACACACACUUUGUGCAUAAAAAUUAAAUAAAAUUAUGAAGCUUUUAAA